AUGCACACGAUCGUUGCCGCAGCAAUGCCGAAGCUCGCAGCUCUCAAUUCGCAGCACUCAGCACACAUGUUUUGGUCGUUUGGAUCCUCAGCUGUUAUUGCACGAUCUUUUCUCGAGGCUCCAGCCGAGCAUGCAAUCAAAAGCGCGUUUGAUUCCAACUGCCAAGAGCUAGCAAACAGCGUGCGGGAGUGCGCCAAGCUGGCUUUUGUCAAUGAGCAACUGUUGGGUGCAACCAUGCAGGCUGGCGGGCUGAGAAUUCCAGAUUCUGUGCCACAGGACUUUGCCAAUGUUUCUCGGGAGCUAUGCAAGACAAGCCACAUCGAUGUACCGACAACGAGUGCGACGGCGUCUUUGUCACUGCAGCGGGUUCACGAGUCCAACGCCCAGGAUUUGGCGAAUGCAGUGCAGAGACUUGGCAAUGCACAGUUCCGAAGCGUGCUGCUGAUGCACUCCGCUGCGCAUCAUGCGGGUACACAGAUGGGCCAGUUUGAGGGCUCGGACUUUUCAAGCACGGCCUGGUCUUUCUCCACAAUGGAGUCGACGUGCGAGGCUCUGUUCGAAGCUAUCGCCGAGGAGGUUGGGCACUCUGGCGGACCUGAACUUGCCCUGCCGGUGCCCAACAUGCAACAGCGUCAGGGAGCAGUGGAGGAAGAGCUUCGGGUCAUCAUCCAGCAGUUUGCUCAAGACGUUCCCUCCUCGAUGGACGGCUUCCGCUCCGGUCGGUACCAGAGCUUGGUGGAGGACUUGGCAGUGGACAGCUUUGGCAGCUGGGGCGACCGGCUGCUGUUGGACCUCCUGGGAAUCCCGGAGUGCACGCCGGACUUCCGGGAAAAGGCCACCAAACUCGCAGAAGAGUAUCAGGAGCAACAGCAAAGCUGGUGGCGCAGCGAAGGUCUGCUACGCGCGCAAGUCGUAAGCGUGGCCGAGAUUGAUAUCAGAGCUGGCGAUGUUCAGGUGACCUCGCUGCGCUUCCAGAAGAAUGGCUUUGAUGGCUGGCGUCCUUCCAAGGAAUGGCUGCGCCCCACCGCCCUUCCGUUCAACGCCCUCGUGGAUCGGAGCCUAUGCAGUGAGAACCAACUCCUGUCAAAGCUGUAUGAAAAGUUGCACGACGCAGCCUUGUCGAAGACAUCCUGCCGCCCAUUCGGUCGAGUGCAACUUUACGUCACGGGAGCCCCAUGUUUGUCCUGUGUUGGUGCCAUGAGGCAGUUCAGCAUGCUAUUGCCGUUCGUCCAACUAAACAUCUCUAUUGGACCUGAGAUUCGGCCCGAUCUUUCUCAACUGUUGGAACUCCAGGCAAGAGAGAAAGAUGUGGCAUCGUAUUGCUUGGAGUAUGACUACGCAUGUGUAUGGCUUGUGUUUCAAGACAAGCCAAAAUCCAACUAUGUUGCUUUCAUUAUGACGAUACAUCAUGCAUUAACCUAA